GUAAUGAUUACUUAUCAUAUUUCAGGUUAUUUUUUGGAAACGCUUUCGUCUUCUUCAUGUUUCGAGGGAAGACAAGGAUCGAUCACGACACAGGAAACACGGUCAUAGUAGUCUUGUUCGCCAUCGCUGCGUUCGCAACGUUCCUGAUGCUGUUCCUGCGGAAACCCGAGCACGAGAGUCAGAAGAGAGAUGAAGCAUCUCUGUGGGCCUCGAGGGUCUCCUUCAUCGCCGAGGCUGGUCCCAUGGAGGCCUUCACCAGAUCCGUCAGGCUGGCGUUGAAGCCUAGGAUUCUGAUGCUCUGUCCACUGUUUUGUUAUUUUGGAUUCCAAGUGUCGUACCACUCAGGAAUCUAUAGUGCCUGUGUGGGUUUCACCAGAAAUUUGGGCGAAGACAGUAAGAAACUCAUUCCUCUUGUGGGCAUAUUUAUUGGUCUGGGAGAACUUGUCACCGGUUCAAUCCUCAUUUUAAAAGGCACUCACUUUUCAAAGUUCAAGUGGGGAGGUGUGUGGAUAGUAUCCACAGGAUUUGUGGUCCAAGCCACGUGUUUCUUCAUGGUGUUCCUGAACUUGCCAAAUGCUGCCGUGUUUGGUGACACCUAUGACACGGCUAUCUUGACAAGCAAUAUUCCACUCUGCCUCCUGUGUGGCAUGAUGAUUGGUAUUGGAGAUGGUUGUUUCACAUCUCAGAUCUACUCUCUCCUGGAGACGAUGUACCCUAACGACAGUUCUCAGACAGUAGCUCUGUUCAACUUUAUCAAUGCGCUAGCAUCAGCUACCAGUUUCUACAGCAGCACAAUGCUGGGUCUGCACACUCAACUGCUGAUUCUGGUGUUGACCGGGCUGACCGGCAGUAUCGGCUAUGCUGUGGUCACUGCGCAGGUGAAGCGUGGGGUCGCCAGUCAGGCGCUCAGCACACACUAACAGUAUUCGUCUCACUUUGUACCGUCGGUGCCAUUUCCUCCAGUCAACAUCUCCAUGGGCGAGCUUAGCUGAACACAUGUUUUGCUGUGAACGUUUUGUUUAAUUUGUUUCUCCAUUUAAAUUUAAAAUAGUUAAUUUAGAGUUGUAUUUAAAAGUUAGGUUAAUUUGUGUUAUUAGGCGGUUCUAAGUCUAGAAUUUUACUUUUAUGACUGAUUGAAAUGACUUUUUGUUAGAAUUUUGGAAGCUCUUUUUAAUGGCUUAAGUUUGAGUUUUUAUUAUAUAAUUUUGUGAUUAUGUUUUCAUAUAUGUUUAACAGGGAAACAUGUUUCAUGUAAACAUGUAUUCCCUUCCUUAAGGAUAUGUGGCCGUCAAUAAUGUUUUUUAUAUUCUUUAAAAAAUUCAGUUUAUAGUGACUUUCUAGUACUGGAAAUUAAUUUUUAAGUAUUAAAAUCAUAUUCACUAGUUCAAGAUGUACUUUUAAGUGCUGAAUUUGUGCACACUUUUGUAUUGCUAGCUCAAAGAUUCCUUCAAUGUUUUAUGUUUAUAAUUUUUGGGAAGAUGUCAACACGAGUAUUAUUUAGUUAAUGUAUCUUAAAAUGGGAAUUUCAAUUUAAAAAAUUGAUUUUGGGUGCCUGCUCUUAUGAGGACUCUUUUGAAAAUGUUGAAUACACCAAAAGAUUUAUCCAGUCGAUCGAAACGUAUUCCUUCCUAUAAGUUGCUGAGUGUGUUCUCAUCCCAGUCUUUAAGUACAUUCAGAAACUGAAACUUCAGAUCAGCUGUAAAUAUUAGAAAGUUCCAAUAAAACAAUUUUAACGACAGAACACCCUAGAACCGCCAAGUGAGUUUGUGUUGCUCUCCAGUGUGAUCAAACAGCCAAAUACGGACAAACGUUGUCCUGUAAAUAUCCACUUAAGAGUCAGCCGUACUGGCGGCCAUCUUGUCUUCAACUCUAUAAGAGUAAUGUUAAGCCUCACACACUUUGACAUUUUAUUUUUAAUUGUAGAAUUGUGGGAGAUGCCCCACUUUCAAACAUAUUAUUAAUACGUACUUAAACCAUUUUUUAAUAUUUUUAUUUGUAAUUUUUUUUUUUAAUCUCAAAUUUUUGUUGUUGCGAUUCCUUAUUUAAAUGUACAAAAAGUAUAAACUCUUUGUAUGCAUAUUGAAUGUAGCUUAAAAUGAGGCAUCUCUGACAGUUCUACAACCAAAACUAAAAGCGAAAAAUUGUUGAGGUGUAACAUUAUUCUAAUUGAGUAAAACUUUAGGUCGUUUUACUAUAGCUGGCUCUUAAGUUGCUGUAGAAAGCUUUAAUCCUCAUAGUAAAAACUGAUGAAGUAGAGUUAUAAAAACAAAGAUUACUGUUGAACAAAGCAGUUUUUAGAAUCAAUUUGGUAAUUUAACCUGCACAAUGUUAAUUUUUGUAAAUAUUUUGCUGCUUUGAAAGGGCGAGCAAAAAUAGUAAAUUAAAUUUAGAAUAUCUGUUUUAUUAUAACUUUGUUAAUUUGUUAUAAUAAUAUAUGUUGUAAGCCCUUGUUAAAGCACUUAAGAUAUUUGCUUAACAACGAACCUUAAUAAGUUUCCUAUAAAUGAGACCAAUGUUUAAUACUUAAUACAAUUUAUUUUUAUUACUUUUAAUUUUGAUUCUCAAAUUAUACUUAAUAAAUGUGUUAAUUUUAAUUGUUAAUCAAACUACUUAAAUAAUAAUUUAGUUUAUUUUUGUCCAGUUCGCAACUACAUUAUCGAACUUUAAAAUAGUGAAUUUUAACACCUAGUUAUCUUAAAUUUAUUUUAAUUAAACGACCCUAAUUUAUUGAUUUGUUAAUUUUGAAUGUUAUUUUGCAUUUAAUUAAUGAUAAUUAUUAAGGAUGUAGUACAAAGGUAUCAGUUUAUAAUACAAACAGGAAUAGGAAUCAUGUGAAUGUCCCUUUCUAAUCUAAUUGUAUGUUCUUGUAUAAAAUUUUAUUGAAUUUUAUACACCCUUCUUCUCCUCUUAGCUGUUUAGGGGAAUAAAUAGUUUUUUAUGAAUUGUGAUACAGAAAUAAAAUAUUUUAAGUGUAAUAUAAUACAUUUAAAAAUC